ACUCCCCACUCGCCGUGCUCUUCCACCCGCCGGUCCCCAUGGCGCCCAAGGUUCUCAUGGUCGCGGAGAAGCCCAGCAUCGCGCUCUCCAUCGCCUCCGCCCUCUCCGGCGGCCGCAUGUCUACAAGGAAGGGAAGCACAGAUGUCCAUGAGUUUGAUGGGAUGUUUCAGGGUUCUUAUGCAAAUUUCAAAGUGACAUCAGUCAUUGGACAUGUCUUAAGAUUUCCCCCCUGCAUAUCAGAACUGGGAAGGAACUGAUCCAAUGGACCUAUUUGAGGCUCCAGUUCUGAGAUCUGAAUGCAACCCAAAGGUAUGUAUUCCUCUACAACUCUGAUUGAAACAGAAUGCAACUCAGCUAACUGUUAAGGGUCAACUCAGAUUGUUAGAGAAUAUGACUCAUUUAACUGUUUGGGUGUAACCAAAUAAAGUGGUGAUAAUUUUCCAUUAUGCAAAUAUGUUCCACCCAUGGAUGGUUGACCAUAUGCAAAUUCUCUGAUUCUUGAACUUAGGUCCUUUUUCAUUUCCUCCAUAUCUAUAAUUAACUCUUGAAGUAUUCAAAUUCUGAAAUCUGAAUAAACAAAUGUCCUGGGUAUUGUUUUCCUCUCUCUUUUUUUUUGUCAGGCUCUCAGAUACACCAGCAGAACCUGUAAAAUUGCCAAAUCCAAAUGGCAGUUUUGGCUGAUGUUAUGUUUAUCUGUAUUUGUGUUAUAUACGGUGCUGAAUGUUGGCCUACAAAAAGGCGACAUGUCCAGCAACUGAGUGUAGCAGAGAUGCGGAUGUUGCGGUGGUUUUGCGGGCACACAAGGAGGGAUAGAGUCCGGAACGAAGUUAUUCGGGAUAGGGUCGGAGUGGCAGCAAUUGAGGAGAAACUUACCCAGCAUCGGCUGAGAUGGUUUGGACAUGUCCAACGAAGGCCUUCUGAGGCGCCGGUGCGUAAUGGGGUUCUUGAGCGGGACGAUAAUGUAAAGAGGGGUAGAGGUAGACCUAAACUGACGUGGGAUGAGUCGGUUAAGAGAGACCUUAAGGAUUGGAAUAUCUCUAAAGAGAUAGCUUUGGAUAGGAGCGCUUGGAGACUAGCUAUCAAUGUGCCUGAACCUUGAACUUAUUUCUUUCGGGUUUCAUCUCUAGCCUACCCCAACUUGCUUGGGAAAAAAGGCUAUGUUGUUGUUGUUGUUGUUGUUGUGUUAUAUGUUUCAAUUCUUUUGAACUUUUGCUAGCCUUUCUCAAAGUCGUUAGGUGGCAACAUUUCUCCCUUCCUCCUGAAACCUGCUUCUUUAUUCACUUGCAAUGCUACAUUUUGCGUUAUCAAAUAAGGGAAAUGGGAGACCCUGUUUCGAAAAAAGUGGUGUAUGUGUUUUCCCUUUCCCUUGAGGAUCACAAUGUCCCAGGUUAAAUACAACACUUACGUGUAGUUCUGUUGAAGGCUCAUAUCCGCAGGCAUCUAGCUCAAGAAGCUCGGGGCUGCACUUAUUUGAUACUUUGGCUGGACUGUGACCGAGAAGGAGAAAACAUAUGCUAUGAAGUUAUAGAGUGCACUGGGAUUCCUGAAAAUGAGGCUGGAAGAAGAAUUUUCCGUGCUAGAUUUUCAUCUGUUACCAAGAAAGACAUACUGAGUGCCAUGGAUAACCUAGUUCUGCCAAACAAAGAUGAAGCAUUAUCAGUGGAUGCUCGCCAAGAAAUUGACUUGAAGGUUGGAGUAGCAUUUACUCGAUUUCAGACCCGAUAUUUCCAAGGAAAAUAUGGAAACCUUGAUUCAAGAGUGAUUUCGUAUGGUCCAUGCCAGACACCUACUCUCGGAUUCUGUGUGCGACGUUAUCAGCAAAUUACUACAUUCAAACCAGAGAAAUUCUGGUCCUUGAAAACUUAUAUUAUCAAAGAUGGUGAUGAAAUACAGCUAGAAUGGGACCGGAAGAAACUUUUUGAUUUUGAUGUUACUGUGAUGUUUCAGAAGAUGGUCACCAGCGAUGGGACUCUAAAAAUAGCAGAUGUUUCAGUGAAGGAAGAGUGCAAAACCCAUCCAUCUGGCCUUAAUACAGUUAAUAUGCUCAAGGUUGCAUCAAGUGCGCUCGGUAUUGGUCCUCAGACAGCGAUGCACUUGGCGGAGCGGCUUUACACUCAAGGAUUCAUCAGUUAUCCACGUACAGAGAGCACUGCAUAUCCAGCGUCAUUUGAUUUUCGAAGUGCACUUGCUGUACUAGUACAUAAUCCUCUAUGGUCCAAUGAUGUCCGGACAUUACUGGAUGCUGGUUUUGUUAAGCCUCGUCAAGGUCAUGAUGCUGGAGACCAUCCUCCUAUUACUCCAAUGAGAUCAGCGACAGAAGGUCUGGGAACUGAUGCUUGGAGGCUGUACCAAUACAUAUGCCAACACUUCAUUGGAACUGUUAGCCCUGAUUGUAGAUAUACAAGGACUACCAUUGAGUUUACUUCAGGUGGAGAAACUUUCCACUGUGUUGGCUAUCGAGUCACUCAUAAAGGUUUUACCUCUAUCAUGCCAUGGCUGGCUGUCAGUGAGAAUAGUCUUCCUGCAUUUAAAAAGGGAGACUCUGUUAGUAUUCAUAAGGUUGACAUAUAUGAGGGAAGCACCACACCUCCUGAUUAUCUGAGUGAAAGUGAAUUGAUCUCUCUCAUGGAGAAGAAUGGCAUAGGUACAGAUGCAUCAAUUCCUGUACAUAUAAACAACAUUUGCGAACGUAAUUAUGUUCAGGUGAACUCCGGAAGAAGGUUAGUACCGACACCACUGGGGACUACAUUGAUAAGAGGAUAUCAGUGUAUUGAUGCUGAUCUCUGCUUGCCAGAUAUCAGAAGCUUUAUUGAGCAACAGAUUACUCUAAUUGCAAAAGGCAAAGCUGAUCAUCUUCAAGUUAUUCAACAUGUUAUUCAGCAAUUUAUGAAAAAGUACUCUUACUUUGUGAAAAAGAUUGAAAACAUGGAUGCUUUGUUCGAAGCACAAUUUUCACCUUUAGCAGACUCUGGGCGCCUACUGAGCAAGUGUGGAAAAUGUGGUCGGUAUAUGAAAUACAUUUCCACGCAGCCAAUGAGAUUGUACUGUAUAACCUGUGAGGAUGUCUAUUAUCUUCCUCAGAAUGGUUCGAUUAAGCUGUACAAGGAAAUCAUAUGCCCUCUUGAUGGUUUCGAGUUGCUUCUGUUCUCGAUGUUGGGACCUGAUGCAAAAUCUUUCCCGCUGUGCCCUUUUUGCUAUACUAAUCCUCCAUUUGAAGGCAUAGACAAACUCUUUGGUGCUCUCAAGAUAGAUGACACCGGCAAGGUUGGGAAAGGGGCUGGCAUGCCGUGUUCCCUUUGCCCGCACCCAACAUGCAAGCAAUCUAUGAUCACUCAAGGAGUUUGUGCAUGUCCUGAGUGUAGUGGUACCUUGAUUCUUGAUCCAGUUAGUGCACCCAAAUGGCGGCUUUACUGCAACAUGUGUAACUGCAUUGUAUUGCUCCCACAUGCUGCCCAUAGGAUCACCACUACAGAUAAAAAGUGCCUAACAUGCGAGUCCACUAUCAUUGAAGUUGAUUUCAACAAGAAAACUACCCCUCUUCAAGAUGGAGCUACAUUGCAUGAGGGUUGUAUCUUGUGUGAUGAUCUGUUGCAUUCACUCAUUGAAAUGAAGCAUGGGAAGUCAUUCUUCAUGCGGAGAGGUAGAGGUAGAGGGAGAGGGAGGGGCCGGGGCAGAGGAAGUAACCGUGGUAGAGGAAGACGUGGGAACUCAAGGUAUGAUGAUCCUAAAAUGAGCUUCAGAGAUUUUUGAAGAUUUUGGGGCUUCUACAGUGGCCAGCUAGUCUGCGAGCCUCCUAAAAAUAGCUUCAGAGAUUUUUGAAGACUUUGGAUUUCAACAUUGGUCACUACUCUCUAAGUAUGUCAAAAAUAGUAGUUGAUACUUGUUCUACAAUAUCACCAUUUGUAUUUUUCUUUUUUGCAUUGCCACAUCUUGUUAUCAGCCACCUGCCAUAUAUUUCUAGCAUAGAUUAUUAGACUAUGUGUAAAUGGUGCUAAGUUAUUUCUUUAUACCAAAUGCAAAUAGCAACAAUGCAGGACUAAAUUGACCAGAAACGAGAUGCGCCUGAAGCAUUUGUUGGUUUGCAUUGAUUUAGUGAGAUGGACAGAAAGAUGAUUACCACAUGUCCA